CGGGAGAAAACAAACGUGAACUCACAACACGCGCAACAUUUGUCAGCUGUUUCUCAGUGGAAAUGAAGUGAUUAUGCCAAGGUCGCAAAAGUUUACGCAACAUUUAUGCAAAAUCUCGUAAAGCACGUAGAUGUCUUAACGCAAGGAUUAAAAAGUGGAAUAUCUGGACUCAUGAACCUCACAAGUCAAGCAACGGAAUCUGCUAGUGGUGUAAAUUUUGUCAAUUUUAACCAAGAUUGCACGUCAUUAGCAGUUGGUGCUCGAAAUGGAUAUCGGCUCUUCUCCCUCAAUGCUGUUGAUCAAAUCGAACAAAUAUAUGAAAAUGACUCCGAAGACAUCUGUAUUGUGGAGCGAUUAUUUAGCAGUUCUCUUGUGGCAGUGGUCAGCCUCUCUUCUCCCCGCAAGCUGAAAGUUUGCCAUUUUAAAAAGGGAACGGAAAUAUGCAAUUACUCAUACUCAAAUACAAUCCUUGCUGUGAAAUUGAACAGGGCUCGUUUAGUGGUAUGUCUGGAAGAAUCAUUAUAUAUUCACAAUAUCCGUGAUAUGGGAGUGUUACAUACAAUAAGGGACACACCCCCCAAUCCUUUGGGAUUAUGUACUCUCUCUGUUGAUGCAGAAAACUGCUUUUUAGCAUAUCCUGGUUCAAACACUAUGGGUGAAGUACAGAUUUUUGAUGCAGGUAACCUGCAUGCGAAGACUAUGAUUGCUGCCCAUGACAGUCCUCUGGCUGCAUUAAGUUUUAGCCAGACAGGAGGAAGAAUAGCUACUGCUUCACAAAAGGGCACAGUCAUUCGAGUGUUCAAUGUUGCUGAUGGUACCCGGCUUCAUGAGUUCAGAAGAGGCGUGAAGCGCUGUGUAUCUAUUUGCAGUUUAGCCUUCAGCCAUGAUGCAACAUUCUUAUGUUGUUCAUCCAACACAGAAACAGUUCAUGUUUUCAAACUUGAAGAGCCAAAAGAGCUGAAGGACCAAGUAUCUAAUGUUGGAACCAAACCACAAGUCCAUAGCAUGCCCAAACAAGCAGCUGACGAUACUCAAGGUGGUUGGAUGGGUUACUUCUCAAAGGCUGUUAGUGCCUCUGCCAAUUACCUGCCUACUCAGGUCACUGAUGUUUUCAAUCAGGGGCGUGCCUUUGCAUCUGUACGACUGCCAUUUCAGAAUCGUCGCAACGUCUGUGCCGUAACCAUGAUUCAGAAGCAAAUGAGGCUUCUUGUUGCUUCUGAGGACGGAUACCUGUAUGUUUACAGUCUUGACAUGAAUGAAGGUGGUGACUGCACUCUUUUAAAGCAACAUAGGUUGGAUGGUGAGCCUGAUCUUCUGCCAGAUUCAAAUGCCAGAGUGCCUGCAUCUCCAGCACCAGCUCAACCAUGCGGGUCCAUAAGUAGCUACGCCGGCAUUUUGAAAGGUCACUCUCCCGACUCCAUGUCAGGUACUGAUUCGGAGAAAUUCCACGAGAUGGCAGCAGCAACAGAAUCCCCUCCCAAAGGAGGUUUCCGGUUUGAUGAUGACAGUGAGUUCCCACCUGUUACGCAGAAGACGGAGUAAAUAUUACUGCAACCUUGAAUCUUUUUACUGCCUAGAAAAAAGAGGGGGAAGGGAGGAGAGAAGGUGCCAGGAAGUAAAACACCAAAAAAAUAUAAAAAAAUUUGCUUAGUAAUUGGUUAACUUUCCAGAUGAGAAGGACAGAAACGCACAUUACUACUUCUUUGUUGUAGUAGUAACAUGUUUUGUGUGACCCAUUUGGAUAUUGCUUCAGACUACCUAAGUACCUGUAAAAACAUGUGAAUUUUUAUGUAAUCUCCUUAAAGAGUCUUGUAGAUGCAUGUAAUUUGCAAGUUUUCCCUUAAUUUUGGGUCUUAGAAAGUAUGUUUCUGCCUCUUCCAUUUCAUUUUCUCUACAGUUUUACAUGUUAACCUUUGCAAGGUCUGAUAUUUUUUAUGCAGUUUCUCCAUUAUAAGACACUAUGAAAUAUUCAAAUGUAUAAGUUGUGUGUGCAGAAAGUCAAUGUUGUUUUUUCUGCAGGGUUAUAUGUUUAACCUUUCUAAGGUAUGAUUUUUUUAAUGCAAUUGUCUCAGUCAUGAGAAAUUAUGAACUAUUCAGAUGUUUAAGUUUUGUUUUAGGGACUUUGUUUACAAUCAUUUCAGCCCGGUUAAAAAUUAUUUUCUACUGUAUUUUUUGACAGACAUAUCACAAUGUGUGAGUACACAAGUGCCAUUUCAUUUGUAACAUUUUCUUUAAAAUUUUAAAAUAUGACUUUCCCUUUUGGCUCAUUUCAUUUCACUGAAAGAUAAAAUCUGAAGAGUUGUCUUCAUACUGUUCAAUGUUGUAAAAGGAUAGAUAUUCAUUUUGGCACCUGAUUUCUGCUAAUAACACUAUGUUAUCAUCUUAUUGUACUGUCAGUCAAUGCAAACUACAUUUAUAUUUUAGGUACUGUUAAUGGUUAUAUUGGUUUUGUUCAAAAUACGUAAUUGCACUGUCUGGCAUUUGGUUCAAGAUAUAUUGGAGAUGUAUAGAAACAAAUGUGUCUUUGUUGUAUUGUUAUACUCAGUUCUGUUUUUAAAGGAACUUACUGUCCUCUGUCCUCCAUUAAUUUUUCCAGUGUCACAUGUUUGAUGUUUAUUCCCUCUCUGCUUGAAAAAUGUUCCAAAGUGCCAUUUUCUUCCUGUUUUUUUUUUUUUCUUUCAUUCUCUUAUGGCCGUUUCUUGAACUAGCAAUGUUGCCACACAUCUUUAUUUUAGAAACUGUAGUGCACUUUUAGGCAGGAAAACUUUAUUCAGUACUUAUCUACGUGUCAUUGGUUGUAUUCUUUUCAAUCAGGGCAUACUUUAGAGUAUAAAAAUUAUCUUUUCAUGUGUGUUGUAAAAUCAUUUAAUUAAUAUGUGUGUGGAGACCUAGUCGGGAACCAUGUUCAAGGACAUAUUUUUCUAUCUGGUUUCUAGCUUAUUUCAUGGCGUUAAAUGAGAUCAUGGCUAUUUAAUUUAUCAUACUGAGAAAUAGGGAAAGUUAGCUCCAUACAUUUGUGUUUUUCUUUUAGAAAGCCACCACAUGAAGACACACCGUCAGUUUAUCUCUGUACUACCUAGUGUUAUUCUUAGGGAAGGUGAGACAUGGAAUUAAAAAUAAAUGAAAUUGUUUCUUAGGUUUUCUUUUAGACCUUUAAAAGUAUGGUUAUACUGUGAAAUGGGAUGAAAUGCUGUUUGAGUAAGGUAACUUUCAAUUAUAACAAAAGAUAAAUGUUGAAUGUCCAAAAAAUGAAUGUUCCAGUGUAGGUGAACAUGGGGUUACAAUGGGGAAAUCGGUUUCAUUCGGGAUCUUGGAAUAUGAAACCUGGGUCAAAUUUAUUGUUAACAUAUUGGAAUCGUAAUACUGUAAGCUCAAAACUUUGAGUAAAAUUUCUCGUUUUUAUGUACCAGCUCAGUAGUGUGCUUGGCCUACUGACAGUUUCUGAUUGUAUUAUUUACCCCUCUUCAGCCUGAGUUAACUGUCAUUGUUAAUUUCAGAAACAGUCUAGGCAUUUUUGAACAUAUUGUGAAAGACCUUAAUCAGAUCUUGAUUCAUUCAUUUACAUUGAAAUUAGUUUGGAUAGCUGAAGAGGGGAACUAGGACCAAAAUAAAUGGAUUAAAAUGUUAAAUUACAAUCAAUGCCAA